AAUAUAUUUAGGAACCGAACACUUGGGAUUCCUAAAAAUAUUUUUCAAAAGAGACCUUAGCCGGCGUUUUCUUCAAAGAAGUUAUAAUAUUUCUCGGGUUUAAUUUUAAAACAUGACCAGCGAAGAAAGGAUACACCUGGUUUCACAGAAAGUGGGUGAAGACGAAGAGUGUACAAAACAAGCAGGUGCAGAUGGCGCGGAAUCCUCUGAUGCCGAAACCGCUUUCGAAGAUGUUCCAGUGUACAUUACAUGCCCAUAUUGCCAUGAAAAAAUUGUCACUCGUACCAGUUUCAAAUCUGGAAAAUAUACCUAUUGGACCUCGGCCUGUCUAUGCAUAUUUCAGUGUUACUGUUGUAUGUGGAUACCGUUUAUAAUGGACGGGCUCAAGAAUGUAGUUCACACUUGUCCAAAGUGUGGUGAAAAGAUUAGUGAAUACAGUCGCUUUAGAGUGGAUCGAAUAUGGAACAAAAAGAAGAAACACAGACAAGCACAGCAUAAUUACACCAGAGGAUGACGGGACACAAUGGAGAUACAGUGGCUGAACUCAAUUACUUGGUUCUGCUGUGGUCAUUAAGACGGAGAGGAUAAUGAACAAAGACAAGUUGAUGUGGUCGAAAUCGUUCUCACAACUGGGAAAAAAGGCUUAUGCAUAAAUGAAGAAUCUUUAAUUCAUGAAUUUACUCGCCAUAACUGAGAUGGUUUCUCGAUCUAAACUGACACUUUGGCAAAUACACUCUUUACAAUUAAUUAAAAGAGAUCUUCCAGCCCAGUUGACUCAAGAAAUGUUGAUUAUAUAUUUUUCAGUAAUUUUAAAGGUAACUUUGAACAAAUUCAAAUUAUGAGAUCGGUUUACUUAUGAUCACAAAAAGCAAAUUUAGCGAAUUUUGUUUUCUGGAAAAAUUUUUGGGUUGAAAUUUGGGUGAUAAUUUUGUCACCUCGGAUCGUAUUGAAAUCCUACCGGUGAA